AUGGGGUCCAACUACUAUCGCGAUUUCGUGCCAGCGCCAGCCGCAACGGUCCUGCAAGAUGAUACGCCAGUGAUAGGGUCCGAUGUCCCAAGAAAUAACCAGAAUGACGACAAGAACAGGACCAGCAGAAGGGAGGGGUUGUGCAACGGCCACUGGUUGGCCACGAGGAGUCGCACGCCACUCAACUUGUCGUGUCAGUCAUGGGAUUCGCGCCGUCCACGAUACAAAAUAUCGACCACUAGCAAGGAAGCCUACCGUACGGCGCCAGGUGCGAUCGACGCCAUGCGAGCGAAUCCAACAGGCGUUCAACCCUGGAUCAGCACCAUGCAGUAG